GGCACGCAAUCUAUCCCUCAUUCAGCUUCUCUUCACCAUAUUGAUGACGUCGCCGAUGGCCAUGAUGUUGAGGAUAGAUACUAUGGCAUUCCCGAAUUUACCAAUCACCGCCCUCAAAAUCCGCCGCCUUCAGAGAACCCAAUCCCGAGGCUCGAGAAACAUCUUGCUCAGGAGUGGAUGAUGCAUCCAAGCUGUUCAAGAGAAGAACAUGAUGCAGGCCACGGGAAGUUAAUCGAGACUGCUUGCCACCAUUCUUGUGACUCACUAGAAGAUGUUAUCGCUCGGCUCGAUGGAUUGAUGAAUGAUGAUCACAGCCAUGACCCCCUACCGCAUGUCACUGAACCCACUUCUGAUAUUCUCGAUCAUGCUUCUUCGGCGGACGAUCCUUGCAGUAAUAACCUGCCUCAAAAUUCUAAUUCGCAAGACCACACAAGCUCGCGUCAACAUGAUUACAGAGCAGCUUGCCAAAUCGCUUUUGAAGGAUCCCUAUGCGGUGGCGUACCACCGAGUCUUUGCUUGGAAGCCAAACAUCGCCUUGCACAGCCUUUUACAGAUAACUUCAUCCGAAAAACGUACGACGUCGACAGCAUAUGUAGUUUCCCCUCAUCCUUGGCUGUCGCCAGGUUGGGUAUUCAGUGGUACCCGCAACCACAUGUUAUCUUCAACCUCACGGAUGACGUUCACAUCAGCAUCGACAUCCCUACCGAAGGCUUUCGUCGCAACAAUCCUCAGCCGCGAGGGAGUUGCCAGCAACGACGUCCGUUACAUCAUAUCCCAAACUAUUGCUUUGGACGGGUUCAGGGCUUGAUAGAUACAUUCAUCUGGGUGUUCUUCCCUGCUUUGUGCCAUCGCCACAUACAUGAUAACUCCUAUAAGCGGACUUCAAUUCCCAAGGAGCAAUACACAUUGUGGUAUGAUAAGGUCUUAUUGCCAGCGGUUGUAGCAGCAGUUCAAGAUCCAAGCAUACUCCAGUACAUUCCCCCAAGCCGCCGAGUCGCUCAAUCUACGUCACGCGCUCGACAGGAGGGUAUCUCCACUGAGUGUCUUACAGGUGCAAAUGCGAGUAUGGAUGUGCUUGGUCAAGGCACAAGGAGCAACGCACUCUCAUAUUCACUUCAACACAGACACCUUGGGGCGAUAUGGCAGGAAAUUCAGUCACGAAUAAUAGCAUUUCCACAGUUCGCUGGCGUAAGACUAUACAUGGGGGCGAAGAACCUGAAGCUUGCAUACAUGCACUUAGAUAUCGCUCAAACCCUCAGUGAUUUUGACAAUCAAUGGAAUGCCGCUGUUGACAAGAAAUUCCUCGAUCCAGACUGUACAUUUAUCGACAUUGGUCGUCAAUAUACCCCUCAAAUUGGGUCUGCUGCUGAGUCUAAUGUCCUUAUUUGGCGCCGCUGCUGUUUGAGACGACUAUGGCGGCAGCGACAAGCAUGGAGUCGUCAGUACAACACGGCGAAGCCUGACGGACAUAAACAAUCACAGUCUUUUGAGCCACGUCAAUGUGGUGUCUCAACCCUUCGUCAAGCUGAGUACCCGUUCGUCACCACGCGCGACGCGGCUAACAUAACAAUCACACUCACCCACAAUAGCCGUGAGGCUCGUGAAGGUCUCCUCUAUAGCCAGUUUUAUAACCUCGUCAAGAUUCCUUUUGAUGCCGCCAAACAGUACCCGUUUCAGAACCCCCAGCUCGAAAAGAUGGCUCUGGAUCCUUCCUACCUCGCUGAUUGCGAAAAGUCUACCCGUGGAAGUCAUGCAAAUCAAGCUUCUCUCAAGCUCUCUUAUCGAUUAAGCAAACUCCGGGUUCGAGCUGCCUUGAUUCCAAAUGGUGAAGACGAGAUCCCAGUUCCGUUCGCAUAUGGCGUUCGAGCUGAGGAUCGCCUCUCCUGGGCGCUUCUACAACGUAUACUCCCUCACUUGGCCCCCUCGCAGACAGCCGUCUCGGCUGACCAUGAAGAGGUUACGCCCGAG